UAAACAAAAGAGGGGGAUAUUUCGACGGCAGCGACCCGGCCGAGGGCGACUCUUACUGGAUGUUCCUGACUCGACGUGCGCGUCCGGACCCGAGGCUGACUGUGGGGGAAAAGCCACUGAGAAGCGAAUGAAGAAAUAUCUGAUCUUUCACUUCACAUACAGAGGACUUCUCACGAAAGGAAAGAAGAGUAAAAGGAGAAAAUGGAGUAUACGCUGCGAAAGGCUGAACCAAGGGACGUGUCUGAUAUAUUACGACUGGUGAAGGAACUUGCUAAAUACGAGGAGAUGGAGCACCAGGUGAGACUGACUGAAAAAGAUCUCCUUGAAGAUGGUUUUGGUGAAACCCCGUUUUACCAUUGCAUCAUCGCUGAAACCCAAGAGAAAAGUAGUGAUGGCCUGAAAGUGGUGGGUUUUGCCAUGUACUACUUUACUUAUGACCCCUGGGUUGGUAAACAGCUCUACCUGGAGGAGUUCUACGUGAUGGAUCAGUACAGAGGUAAAAACAACUCCUGGAGUCGUCUACAGUUUAAACACAUCUCAGCUACUUCCUGCUUUAAAACCCCAUUUCCCUCUUUUCCAGGACUGGGCAUCGGCUCCGAUAUCCUGCGGCACCUCAGUGAUCUGGCGAUGAAGACACGCUGCUCCGGCAUGAUGUUUGUGGUGGCGGAGAACAACGAGUCGUCCGUCAAUUUCUACAAGGGGCGUGGUGCCGAGGACCUCUCCCAGGAGGAGGGCUGGAGGCUGUUCAGGUUUGAUAAGGACAGCCUCGUCAAGAUGGCCACUCCGGCUGAGGAAUGACGGAAAGCGAGCGGAGCAGAGGAGGGGGACGAGGACACCUGAGGGCGUGUCCGGCUCCUCUGCUGUCCUCCACUCAGACCAGGGUUCCUUUAAACAAGUUCAGCUUUUAAAAAGGGGAAAUCUGUUUCACUAUAACAUGAUUGUGUGUUUAGUUCACGUGUGUUGCUUAAUCACGUUUCUAAUAUGUUGCGCUGAAUAGCUUAUGUUCAUUCUUUGUUAGUGCUGAUGCAUUUGAUGUGCAGGGAAGACUUUCCAUGACUUUACAAUAAAACUAUAACCGAUCCCA